AUGGCUGACGCAUAUGACUGCCGCCAGGCCCUGCGUAAGGGCAAGGAGUCCGAGUGCCCCACGGACAGAAUUGCCUCUCAGAGCAUAAGAAUGAGGGAUCCGCCCAGCCGGACUCCGGAGAACGAGCUCCAGCUCGGAUGUCGUACCAUGAAAGGAAAUUAG